AAUGCAGCUGCGCAGAGUGCACUGCUUAAAUACCAGAAUGUUAACCACAUGACUCAGAUUUUGGAUGCAAAAUGUGUAGUUAGAUGUUUAUUCAAGAAAGAAGAUGAAUUAAGCUCAAUGAUAGAAGCAUCUGUGUACCUCUUAGAUUAUCCAAUAGAUGGUAGAAGAAGACAAUCUCCAAUCAUUUAUGGAUCGUUGCUUGAUGUUCGUUUCGGUAGCAUGGAUCGCAUCGAUACCAACAUCCUCGUCGAGGUAGAAGAAAACAUAAAGAGUUUUGUUCCUAUUGAUCAUGAGGUGUGA